GACAGUGUGCAGGUGUCGUCGCAGAUCCGUCGGCUGGUUGCCGAGGACUUGGGCGAAUCUGUGGAGGACCCGCCCUCGAGUCUGACGCCGCUACAUCGAGCGCAGGUGCCCGGUGGGAGAGCGCAGGACUUUAGCUCUGGUGGGCUCGUUUGCCCGCCACGCUUGGCAGCGAGCUCGGGGAACCAGCAACGUCGAGAUGGCGGCUUGGUUUGUGAGGCUGGCGUUGUUCAUCGACCAGGCGGGGACCGAGAACGAGCGAACCCUGGCUUGGUUGUUGGCUGGCUUGCCGGAACCGAGCUGGUCGACGAUGAUGCGCCGGAAGAGCGGCCUCAAGCCCUUCGCGAAGAGCUGCCCGUCCCUUUGGGCUUCUGCAAAUCUAGCCUAACCUUCGGGAGAUGGAUUGGCUGUCAAGCAAGCUCGCGAGCAAUGCCAGCGAUUUUGCAAAGGUUAGCCACCAGAGAUGGCUUGACCGAGGCAGAGAUCAAGGAGGCAGCGUCCAAGCAUCUCACGAAAAGCAAGCGUUCCGAAACAAUGACGAUGAGAAACAAGAGGAAGGCUUCGGAUGCAGCCCUGGACGAGAACGAGGAGGCCGGCGAGGCAGAGGCAGAGGCCGGAGACGAUUCGGCCAGUGAGACGAGCGGAGCAACAGCGGGUCGCCGGAAUGGAUGGAAAGCGGGCGCAGAGAUGGUGGCUGCAAGAGCAACCAUGCUGCUCCGAGCUGUCGCUCGGAUUUUCGUUCGUGCUGCUCAGACGGUGUUUCUGCCAAAGGCCGCAGUAGAGGUGCGAGUGCAUGAGGACUGUGUCCAUGUUCAUGUGCCGCAUUUGGUGCAGUCUUGCACAGCAUUGCGGUCCAUCCAAGACAUUGUUGAGGAGGGCGACACUUGGGUUGAUAUGGUGGAGGUGAUGCAGACAGCCUGCCAGCAGGAAGUCGUGGGACACAGGCUGGCGAAGCGGCAAGCCUACGAGCUAGCUGUGGCUGUUUUAUGCAAGGCCUUGGCCGAUCUUUUCGAAGGAAGUCGAUUGGAAGAGGUUUGGAGCGAGACCGAACUGUGGCACAUGCAGCCUUUGAGGACUCCCGGAGGCAAAAGGCGCUUGAGCGGCUCACAGAAGGCAUCUGUGGUGGACCAGACCUCGAAACAACACCUGCGGUCGGCAAGUACCGUAUUGGCCUCGCAGGCACAUGCCUGCAAGGACAGACAGAAGGGCUCCGACCUGGUGACCGUGGAGCGAUACAGCUACAGUCUGGAGCUGCAGAAGCAUUUCCAGAAAGUUCGGCGGCUCUCGCUUUGCGUUGACGGUGUGCAGGUCGGCAGCUACAGCUUGCUGAACACUGUGGCCUGUGAUCUCCAGACAGGCUGGAGUGGCAUCUGCCCACCACAGGUCGAAUUCCUCGUCGCGUUUGCGCUCGCGUUUGUUAUCUUUGUCGAAUUCCUCGGUGCAGAAAAAGCUGAAGGAGAACAGCGGCCCUGCUGGCGACCAGCAGUCCUGGCAGAGGCGGGGCCCGACGGAGAACGGGCCGUUCCCCGCUGCAAGUGGGACUACGUUUGGAGCUCCUGGCCUGGCUCCAAGGCUCAGGCCGUGUCUUCAGCCGAAGCCUUUGCCUAUGUCGGCAACGGAGCACCCUCGGUGACGAGGGCCACCUUCGCAGACGCUUUUAGUUUGAGGGAGGUGCAGGAUUUGGCAAGGAGCUGCUCGAUAAAGCUAAAGCAGACCUUCGGUACUGCCGAAAGAGCUUGGCAAGAUCUGCAGUCGCAGCCCGGACAGGACCGCUUCGCUGAACACUGCGCUGGCUCCGGUGGGAGCAUCAUGCAGAUUCGCAAGUUCCUCUUCGGCGGCCAGGGUGACUUCAGCGAAGCCCAAUUCCGACUUCUCUGGAACGAGCUGAGUCCAUGCCCACCGAAGCACUAUCGGAAGACACCGCUGCUCUUUACCUGCAAGCCUGGCUCCGGGCGGGCGAGGUUAAUGGUUUCCAGCCGGCGAACGGAGAAGCUGGCGGACAUUCCGGCAGGUAUCGUCAACCUGCGAAUUGCGGCCCGGGCAAACGAGGAUAUUGACCUCAUGCUCUUCAACCCAGUUGCUCAAACUUGGGUCGUCAGGUGGCAGGGAGGCCUUCUGAACAAGAACCAGCGAUCCGGGACCUAUGCGGGUGUUACUUUGAGCUUCAGCGGAGAUGCCGAUGCUGAAGAAGUUAUCGAGAUGAGGGGAACCUUGAACCGCCCGCUGAUAGUCGAGGUCAAUAACUUCGGUAAGACUGCUGCUGCAGACUCGGCUUCUGGCUGUUGCAACGCAAAGUCGCCACCGGCAGACACCGAAUUGCACAGGUCAUCCUGGGAGCGCAUCGAAGAAGGCCAGUGCCCAAAGGUCUUUCAGCUGCAGCUUGCGGCUAAGAGCGGGGAGGGUGACAGCGCAUCCUCGGCCCUUGGCUUGCUAAGGUUCCCUUCCAUGACUGGAAAGGACGGCGGGCCAAAGCGGGCCACUGGCGGCCUUUGCCCUUUGCUCUUCCUUGGCGAAGGAGUCUGGCAAGCAUGGCCAUCCCACGGCCUGGGUGGAGUUCCAUGGCAGGACCCAAAGCGCAUCGAAGCGCCAGAUGCGCCAGAUGCGCUGUGUACGUGGGCCAAGGCCGUCUCCUCCCUGGAGUCGGGUUCCGACACCUCUUCCGAAUCGGCACUUCCCAGGCAGGAGCUUGUUCGCAACAUGUUCCUCGAGGCGGCUGAGCAUUGUUCGGAUGCUUCGGAGUGCUGGAAGGCCACUGGUGGACAGCAUCAAGGAAUCUCGCAGCGACAGUGGGAGCAGCUCAUGCAGAACUACGCUCUCCAAGGUGUGCUGCCAGGAGGUGAUCAGUCUUGCCAAAGGUGGCAGGAGAUGAGGGCGUACACCUUCAGACAUCGCGGGCAGCUGGACGACCAGUCCGGGCUCGGCAGUGCUGAGUCCUUGGGUAUUGUCAUGGGGAGCUUUACACUGCUUGCCCGGAUAUGGGCAGGAGCUGCGCUCGAGAGCUCACUGACCCAGGCUGCUUUCCGAACUUCGGUUGGCUCGCACCAGCCAGGCCUGUUCGCUGGAUUGCAAGGCGGCCAGCUGACAUUUUCCUUUGGAGCUCAGAUUUCCGCCUGCAGAACAGCGUACAAGGUUCCUGCGGAUACUUGGUUGGAAGUGGCGUGGAUCUACGAUGCCUCGAACGAGGAGCAGCGGAUCUGGAUGAACGGCGAGGAGACCAAGGCCUGUUCCGGAGCAGCUCCCUUCCGCGGCUUCGGACAGCAGGUAGUAGCAGGUGAGUCGCAGUCCGCCAGAAGCCGGCUGGCGAGAUUGACGUCUCUGUUCGUGUUCCCCGAAGCCCUGGAGACAAAGGACAUCACCGCGAUCUUUUCUCAAGUUCCAGUGACGAGUGUUGCAGUGCUUAGUGGACAGGCCGGUGGUGCCACGAAGGUGGGUCCGGCUUCUCAGCUGGGCAUAGAUGGAGGCUCUUUCACACUUACGAUGCAGCUUCUCAAGCCCGAACAGGCAGCUGACGGGGUGAUCAUCUCAGGAGAUUCGGAUUCCUCGCCCGGGCUUCUUUUGGCAACGCGCGACGGCAGCCUGCAAUCCGUGGUCCUUGAGCAGAUCUGCCAGGCAGACAGUCCUCUGCCCUCUGGACGAUGGGUGCAAGUGGCUUUGGUCUUCGAUGCGCAGCAUGGUUUGCAGCGCCUCUUCCAGGAUGGGAAGCUGGCAAAGAUGUGUCAGGUGUCUCGACUUCCUGCAACCAAACUGGGGAAGAUGGACUUGUGGCUGGGCAGGGGCAAUGUCGAUCAGAAUGGUUGGCCUGGCCAGACGAAAGACUUACAGGUGUUCUCGCACAGCGAGUGUGCAGUCAACCUGCAGGAACUUGCCGGUGGCAUUCGACCCAAGGAGAAGCCUAUCGUGGACCUUUCGGAUUUCGAGGAGUCUUUCCAUUCCCUAGAUGCUGACCGAAAUGGACGCAUCAGUGCAGAUGAAUACAUUGCUGGUCUCGGCGGCGUCAGCUUCUCUGUGGCAGUGAAGAAGCAUCCUCGAGGAGGCCUUUUACCAGAACCUGCGCCGAGCAGUCAGCUUGGUGUCCCAAAGCUUCAGGCACCCAAGGCGACCCCAUCUCCCAGACAGCCGUCACCAACGCAUCAUCCUGCCGACAAUUUGUGGGUGCCGGGUCCUGCCAGUGCCUCCAACAUCAUGUUGGGCACUGCAGGGGAUCAUGACCAAAGCCCACCAGCAACACCCAAACCUCCGCAACAGGUGCAGAAUCCUGCACAGCCCUCUGCGGCCCUCCCACUCAAUCCAUUGAAUCGCGACCCUCCGAAAACACCCUUCAAUCCGUUCGUGUCGCCGUCUUCACCUCUGCCAACAUCCACGGUGCAACUCACGACCACGAACCUUCCCCAACCCCUGACAACGCCAGCAGCCCCUCCUCCAGCACUUUCGACAGCCAAAGCUUCCCGCCCAAGCGCAGACAAUCCUCUCAAUCAGGACCCUCCCGCAGCGCCUCUCAAUCCCUUUGCAAUGCUGACUGCAACAACCCCUCGACUGACCACGAAAGCUUUCCUGGCGCCUACAGCAGUUCCUGUAGCGAUCUCCACCACGGUCACUACAGAAGUUCCCGAAAGCACAGCACUGCGAGAAAGCUCCACCUCGAGCUUUCUCUCGCCAGCUCCGGGACAAGUGACCGUGACUCCGAAGGUGACGUUUCCCCCUAGCUUCAAGCCCGUGAAGCUGGGGAUCCCGGGAGGUCUGUCGGUGGAUCCGCUUGAUAUGCAUCCUGCUGCGCUUCCCUCUGAGCAGAAGCCCGCCACCACGACCGCCGCCACGACCGCCAGCACCAGCACCGCCCUCAACGCCAGCACCGCCAGCACCGCCAGUGGCAUCGGCCUUGGGUCCAUGUUCAGACCCUUUGGCAUGUUCGAGGACCGGAAGCUUCAUUUGCACUCCAGGAGGCACCUGGCAUUCCUGUCCAUGGCCGCCAUGGCAAUUUCGGCUUCGAGCUUCUCAGUUGUUUUGUGGCUUCGGCGCAUGCGCUCGCAGCGUGACGCUUGGGAUACAUGGGCUGUCGGAGGCUCCGACUCCGACGAGAUGCGUGCUUCACGGGCCCACGGAGCUGAAAUCUGCCGGUGA